AUGAAAAUUAAUUUACAGAAAAUACUUGUAUUUAAAUCCCUUAGCUCAAGAGAUGAACUUGUGGCACUCAUCGCAGAACUGGAUUCAGAGACUCCCCCGGGAGCCAGCAGAGAAAUGUCAGUUGAUGGAAGUCGUAGUGGAACAGCUACACCCAUGGGACUGAGUGAAGCACCCACGCCUGUUGACAGCAAGGCUGCCACUCCAGUUGCCAGUGGGAGAACUUCACCCAUCCUAGAUACAGGCCAGGACAAGGAAAACGACCAGAUUGACAAAUCUGAAGAGAAAGUCAAACCGAAGGUUGUGGAAGUUGAGAAGAUUAAGGAGAAACUAGAGGGAGAGAAAACAAAACUAGUGAGUGAAGAAGAAAGAAAUUGCGCAGAGGGCAAAACAGAAACCAUCUGUGAUGAGAAGAAAGAAUCUGUGGAGGAGAAGGUAGAAGAAAAGGUUAAGGAAGAAGAGAAGCAUGAUUUGAAAGCAGAAGACAGAGAGGAAGCAAAAUUACAGAAAGAAAAAAUUGAAGAGAAAACUGAAGAAAAGCCACAGGAGAAAGAAAGAAGGGAUUCAUCUGAAAGUAAAGUAAAAGAACCCUUACAGGAAGACCAAGUACAAGAGAGGUUGCAGAAGGACAAAACUAAAGAAAAGGUGAUAGAGGAAGUAACUGAGAAGUCGAAGGAUUUGCCAAAGGAAGUAAUAUUGAAGGAGAAUGUAAAGGAAGAAGACACAAAGGCAUCCUUACAAGAGGAAAAGGCAAAGGAAAUCAUAAAAGAAGAGAAGACAAAGGAAACUUCGCAAGAGGAAAAAACGAAGGAAACAUUACAAGUGGAAAAGAAAAUAGAAACAUCAAAAGAAGAGAAAGCAGAUGAAACUUUACAAGGGGAAAAGCCAAAGGAGACACCAAAAGCUGUGAAAACAUAUGAAAAAUUGCCUGAAGAAAAACCAGCAGACUUGGCAAGGGCAAAACUUGAUGCUGAAAAGGGAAAGGUUGACACAAAAGACGAAAAGGUUGUAGCUGUUGAAGAAAGUAAAUCAUCAGGAAAGCAAGUAAGCAAAGAAGAAAGUGUGACAGAUAAGGCUGAAAAGAACAUUAAAAAGGAAGAAGAUAACAGACUCUCAAAGCCUGAGGAGACUGAAACACAAAAGAAAGACAGUCUGCCUCACACUCAAAAGGAAACAGUUCAUGUGGAAACAAAGCCUGUGGUGAAGUCAGGGGAGCAAGACAAGAAAACAGAAGGAGAACCCGUAAAGAAAACGGAAGGAGAACCCGUAAAGAAAAUAGAAGGAGAACCCGUAAAGAAAAUAGAAGGAGAUCAAGAAAAGAAAACUGAAAGAGAACAAGAAAAGAAAACUGAAAGAGAACAAGAAAAGAAAACUGAAGGAGAACAAGAGAAGAAAACUGAAAGAGAACAAGAAAAGAAAACUGAAAGAGAACAAGAAAAAACUGGAGGAGAACAAGAAAAGAAAACUGAAAGAGAACAGGGAAAGAAAACAGAAGAAAAGGCACCUCUGCCAGUGCCUGUCAAGCCUGAAGUUGGUGUCUCCUCACUUUGUGAAGAUAUAAAAGCAAAGAAAGACAAAUUGGAAAAAGAGAAAAAUCUGCAGGAAGAAGAGAGAGACAGAGGAAAGUUUGGGUUCAGUGAAAAGUUUGAGGUUAAGAAAAAAGAGAGUGUGUGGGACAAGUUGAACAAAAUGAAGGAAGUUAAGGAGGAAGCAAAGGAACUCCAUAAGAGAGGAGUAGAAACAGCCAAAAAGGAAGUGCCUGAGAGCAAAGAUCUGAUUGGAGGCUACAAGCCCAGUGUGGCAAAACCUGGAUCUGAUGUGCAAAAGGGAAUACCCGAGAAGGACAAGAGUUCCGAGGCCACGAAAGAGGAGAAGGAAAGUUCUCAAGUGGCCAAACCAAACACAGACAAUCCUCAAUCAAGGUUAGUGAAUCUUUACCAAAACUUGAAGAUAAGCCAGCAACUACUUCGAGUGGUGAGAAAUUGACUGAAGGACUCAAAGGCACAGUGCAGGAGUCCCAGAAGCCAUCUAGUGUAAGUACCAUUGUCAGUCC